UCUUCACAUUUCGCAAGAACCGUCUCAACUAAUAAAGUCAAAAUGUUCAAAUCGUUGGUUAUCAUUGCCUGUGUUUGCACAGUAGGAUUUGGGGCCCCCAUAGAUCAACCAAUUCAAAUUAUUGAUCAACCCCAUGCGCAUCACCCAAUUCAAGUAGUGCCAAUUGUUUCUGAGGACUUCGACAAUAAUGGAGAUGGUAACUUUCAUUUUGGAUUCGUAUCCGGCGACGGAACCAAAGUACAAGAAGAAGGAACCUUGAAAGUUUACGACGAGAAGAACGCCGAAGAAGUCGUCCAUGGAUCCUACGAAUAUGUCUCACCGGAAGGAAGGAACAUCAAAGUAGAAUACUACGCUGACGGUUCUGGUUUCCACGCUUUCAGCGAUGACAUCCCCAAGAGUGCUGGAGUGUCAUCCCCAUCUCAAUACGGAAACUACGUACAGGAAAAUCAUUACAACCCAUUGGGAAGAUCUUUCCCUCAAACCGAACAAAAAGUUACUGUUGCACCUGUUCAGACUUUCCCAGGAAACCAAGUCUACAACUUCCCUGCCAACGCCUAUAAUGUACAGAAUUAAUUGUAAAUAUAUAAAAUAAGUAGCAA